CUGACAGUCCGGACACUAGUUGAUAGUGAUUGUUUGUCGCCUCCGGGACGCGUGGUCCGGCGUACCUGCGUGUAGUGUAGACGCUCUUUGAGUUUUUUUUUUUCUUUUUUUUUUUCUUUUUUACAGGCUAAUGUAGUGCAGUCUGUGACAUUUCUCAUGCUUAAUUGUUUGCGGUACAUUCAUCGCUCGUGGGCAGGUGAGGUUAGGUAGAAUUCUUAACGAUUUACAUUUGUCGUUUGAGACGGUGAGCAGUGGACUGGUGUGAUCGUAUUUUACUUAUUUUAGUCGAGAUUCGCGACUCGAAACCAAUCAAAUCUUUUAGCCACAGAAUUGAAAUUUAUGAUUCAACAUGCCAUUCACCGGAGACUCUGAAGACUCUGAUGUUGUGGAGUUGUCAUCAGAUAAAGAAUCGAUAACACCCCAGACAAAUAGACUUCCUAAUCCCAGAGACCGCUCAUCGUCACCAGUUACAAAUUGUUCAAUUUGUCUUGAUGGUUUAACCAAUAAAUGUUAUACAGAUUCAUGUUUGCAUUUAUUCUGCUUUGAAUGUUUAAAACGAUGGUCAUUUUACGAACCAUCUUGUCCAUUAUGCAAGCAAAGAUUCAACACAAUUUUUCAUUCAUUUGAUGACCAGGGUGACCAUCAAAUAUAUAAUGUUCCUUCAAGAUACCUCACAGAAUUUAUUUUAACAAGAGCAAGAGAGACACCGUCAGGGGCUGAUAUAGCAUUGAAUGUAACGAUGGAACUUCUACGUAUGCAUGUGAUAGAGAUACGUAGGUCGUCGUAUGACUCUAAUUCAUCUGGCUCAAAUAAUGGCAAUGAUCAAUAUAAUGUGAUUGGGAAUUUUAUACGUCAAUUACCAACCCCACACAUAACGAUAGGUCAAGUAUUGAGAGUACAAGUGUAUUCUGAAAAUGCGUGGGCUCUACCAUUACCUGAUCCAUUUGGCCAUUUUAGAGAAUGUGAUGCAGCUUACUUUCGAAAUAAUCCAGCUCAAGUCCAUAGAUUACAACCAUUCAUCGCUAGAGAUCUUAUCGCCAUAAAGAAAGCUGCAAUACUAGCCGGUGACCGCACAAAUAUAUCUAGGAUUAAUGUUAUUGCUGUGGCAAAUAUGAUAUUACAAACAGUAACAUCCUUUGACAUAAGAGAGGGGUUUAUUGUUAACAGCUUAAUACCUCUUCUGCAUGAGCGUACAUAUCAUUUUUGUCAUGAAUUUUAUAAUUUUGCUAGUAGUCCAUAUGACAUGGAUGACUAUGACCGCAAUGUUCGAUUUACUUUUGAAUUUGAGACUGCACCUCCACUUAGAGAAAAUGUAUCUAGUGAUUUAUCAGCGUUUGCAUCACCACCACUAGCAAUUCCACUGGAAAGUCCUGUUACAAUUGUAUUGGAUUCGGAUGAUGAAGAAAGUCAAUUGCAAGAAGUUAUCAUAAUUAGUGAUGAUUCUGAUGAUGAUAUGUUAAUAAACUUAAUGGAUACUUCUAGUAGUGAUUCCGAUAAUUCCGAUUUUGAAAUUCUAUCCUUCCAUCCUAGUGGAUCACUGAAUUCUGCUUUAGUAAACCAACCAUCUACAUCUACUGGAAUUCGAGAUUUAUUAGAUCAACCAUCUACAUCUACUGGAAUUCGAGAUCCAUUAGAUCAACCAAGCUAUAUGGUUAGGCGCAAUUUAAAGAGACGGAGACUUAAUGAAAGGUUCGAUGCAGAUUCUUCAUCAUCUGAUGAAGACUGAAUUAAUGCUACUUGAAGUUCUGAAACUGAUCGUAUGAAAUCUUGAGAUAUUAAUAACAAUAAAAGAUACCAAAAAAAAAAAAAAAAAUAGAAAAUUAAAUAAUGAUUCGAGGUCUGAAUUCGCAGCAUCAACAGAAAUCAUUCAUCUUCGGUGAUACAAAUAUAAGACCAAAUAACAAUUUUAUUCAUACUGAUAUUGUACUAUAAACUAAUAUUCAUUUGUUAAAAGGAAAAAUUUUUGUAAUUAUCUGACCGUGGACCUUAAAAAUAUUAAUACUAUGAAGCUUUUUUAUAGUCACCACAAAAAUCAGUUACUAGUUUAAUUAAAUAAAGCUAUAAUACUAAAGAGUUAUGAGCGAAAAGUAAUAAAUAAGUUAUUAUUUAUAUGUUAUAAAUAACUUAACUAAAAUGUUAUGUUUUACUAUUUAUUAUAAUUUAAAAUGU